GCGUUUUUUUUUUUCAGUCGAUCGUAGCUUUUCACUGUGAAUGAACGUGUCCGAUUUGAGAGAUUGUCCCAAAAAUAGAAUCCAAUUUAAUCCGGAAAAUGUGUUAAUUUUCCUUUAUAAUAUGUUUUUAUUUUCUUCGUAUUUUUUAUGAUUUAUGAGCAAUUAAAUAAAAAUUAACACUCUUCGGUUUUGGUUUACUUUGUUUCUGGAGAUCAACACACGCUUUCUCUGUUAAGCUCAUGUUUUUUCUCUGAUUUAAAUUGAAUGCGCGGCAACAACUUAACAAAAGGAAGACGCAAGAAAUAUGAUCAAGUGCUUUAAUUUACCUUCUUUACCACACCACAGUGAUUGUUUUCAUAUAAUUUUUUUAAUUAAUUUUGUUGUUUAAGUUAAUUAACUUAUUCACCUGGGUGGAAUAUUGGAUUACCAUUGCCAGUAGUUGUAGCAACUCAAAUUCCAUGUGUUGUAACAUCUUGUUUAUUCGCUAGAGAAGAGAUAACACACACAAAAAAUACAACAACAAAAAUAAUACUAAAACAAUCUGAAUUCUGUGUGAAAAAAAGUUGAGUUAGAAUAGAACCUUAGCAACUAUUGAAAAAAAAAACACAACCCACCUCCCCCCGUAUUCACAGUGCAGGCCCCAUCAAAGAGGAAUAUUAUACAUAUUGGCCGUGCCUGUCUGCCGUGCCCGAGCCCGUGUGGUGUUGAAUAGGAAUUUAAAAACUUACAAAAAAGUACUAAAGGAAAUCCUCUUAAUGAAGGCGGCAAAAUUUAAACCUAUGAAAAAUGGCUUCAACUGAUGACCGACCAAUUAGUGUUUAUGAUAAUUUAAAUACAAUCUUGCCAACUUCACAAAUUAAUAACUCACCAAAAACUCCUAUUGUCACAAUGAAUCAGAAUAAAACAUCACCUUAUGCUGAUAUUUCAUUUAAAUUUGAUGCAUCACGAUCAAAUCAACAACAACAACAAAAUAACAAUUUGAGUUCUCAAAAUCAUCAAAGUCCAAUUAAAACACCAUCACCCAUUAUACACUACACACCGAACAACAACAACAAUAGUCCAUAUAGCCAUGUUAAUAAAACCAACAACAACAACCACAACAACAACUCUCAACCACAAUCUCAGUUAGUUGUAAGUAGCCGUCCAAUUAGUCAACAUUCAGAUACAAACGGAUAUAGCGGUAUUGCAGCAGUCAAAGCGGCACUCAAUGAUGCCAAAUCUAAGUUUUUCGGUCUAAACGGUAACAGCGCCAUUGACGAUCCAACUGAAGAAUCUCUCUUAUCUAACUCCGGUGCAGUGCAGCCAUCAUCUGAUCAAAAGCCAAAAAUUGUACCAAAAUCUCAACCCAAAUAUCAAAAUAUCCCAGAAAAUAGUGCAAUAUUUAAAAGUGCUCAAGUUAGUGCUCCACCGCCACCACCACCACCACCUCCGCCUCCUCCAAUACAACCUUCAACAUUAUCCCCGCCAAUUCGUGACAAUAGCAAAUCAAAUUCGCCGGAAACGAGCCGACCCAGUACAGCAUUCUCAGCGCAUUCCUCACCUAUUUCGUCGAUUGGCACAAACUCGAAACUCAAAGAUUCCCCGAGCUCAGUUCAGUAUUCCACAAUUCAGCAUAAACCAAUUGCACCUGAUAUGGACUUUGGUAUAAGUUCGCAGCCUUCACAGGCUGUGUAUAUGGCAACAACAGUACCACAAAACAUAAAAGGAAGCAAAAUAGCUGGAAGACACACACCAACCAGAAAUAGUCUACGUCAUAGCAGAAUGCUAGUAGUGAACAAAACCUAUAAUGGUACUACCUUCCCUAACCCUAUGGAGUUUCGCUUCCCGAGAACGACGAGAAUUUUGCUUAUCUUAGAAGUUAUCACAGGAAUUUUGAUAACUUUUCUAGGUGUUUGGAUUCUGUUACUUGCUCCUCAUACAGAUAUCCAAGAUAAUCCUUACUGGAGUGGAUUGGGGCUUCUACUAUCCGGUAUUCUGGGGCUUGUUCUGAUACGCUACAAGCGUAUUAAACGUCACAAACUCCGAGAGAAUUGUUUCGUCUUUAUGAAAUUUGAUUCCUAUAUUCUUGCUAUAUUGGCAACAUUGCUAUGCGCCAUUGCCUUUAGUUGUGCGGCGAUUCACAUAAUUAGGCUUUCAGCUGAAGACACAAAAUGUGUUUCGUCGGAUAUAUUAUUAGAGCAUGCUGCAUGUCAAUGCACCUUUAAUACCAACAGUAUCCCAGUCUCAAAUGGAACGCUAAGAGACCUCAAUCCAGCCCCUGAUAGCAGUUAUUCAGUCAAUUAUAGAGAACUGAGUUGUAAUGAGGUCAAAGGCGUUUGGAUCACAAUUUUAAAUUUAUCAUUAGUUUUAAAUUGCAUAGGAUUUUUACUUGCGAUAAUUUAUUUAAUUUUUCUAUUUUUCUUUAGAUACCGAGAAGUUUAUUCAUCGGUACAAACAAGUGUAUUUUGAAUAGUUUUAUUUUAUACUUAAAUAUAAAUUACAAAAAAUUGCCUUUUAAUAUUUUAAUAUAGUUUUUUUAUCACAAUUUUAAUUAAAUAUGAUUUUAAUAUUAUACCUCUUU